GCCAAAGGCACUACUUUUAAACCAAACGAGAUUGACGUCAUACCAACUCUGGAUGGUACUGUUAAGUUUGAUAUACAUUGAAUAUAUUAAAACAACACGGAACAGACGAAAAAAAUUUCUUCUUUCAAAAGCGCAUACGUUAUUCCCACAUAAUGUAUAUUGAAUAAUAGAGAGAAGUUUAGAAGACCGCAAAAAUUAUCAUUUCUUAAAAUAAUAAUUGACAAUGGAAAGAAACAACAAAGAGUGCAGAUAAGCGAUAGUACACAUGCUCCAGACUGCUAUAUGUUAUUUGAUAGCUUCAGUCUAAUUUUGUAUGCAUCAAAUUCAACUAUGGCAGAUAUUGAAGCUCUCAGUGAUGAUUUGCAAAAAAUUGCCAUAGAACAGUUAAAUGAAGUUCCGGCAAAAAUACCAGAAUAUUUGAACAAACUAAAAGCGUGGAUACUUAAGCAGCCACAUCUCAAAUCCCGCACCGAUGAUCAGUUCCUUAUACAAUUUCUCAGAUUGAGCAAGUACAAUUUGGAGGAGGCAAAACAAAAAGUGGACUCAUUCUAUACACAAAAAACUAAAUAUCCAGAUUGGUUUGGAACCACCGAUGUAGAUAGUCCCAGAUUUCGAGAAAUGCACAACUUGGGUUGUACCUUUGUGUUGCCCAUGCCUUUGCAUGGUUGUGGUCCUCGUAUAGUGAUUUAUCGUUAUUGGUAUCCUAUUGAAAAGUAUACCAUGGAGGAAAUCAUUGAGACUAGUGUGGCCACAGUUGAGACUUUCAUAAUGAAUGAUCCCUAUGCUUGUAUACGCGGUGUUCUCUAUUUACUGGACAUGGCCGAAAUAACACCAGCUAAAAUUGAACAAUAUACACCUAGAGUCUUAAAAAUGCUUGAUGUAUUUUAUGACAAAUAUAUACCCUUGCAUUCAGUAGGCUUCUACUACUUCAAUAUACCACCGUUUGCCGACAAUUUCUUCCAACAGUAUUUGGACAGCCUUCCGAAAGAUUUCCGCAAGAAUAUUCUUAUUACUGGGAAAAAUGUAAAACACAUAACGGAUAAGGUGCCACUGAAAUAUUUGCCCAAAGACUAUGGCGGUGAAAAUGGUUGCCUCACAGAUCUGGCGAAGGAGUUCAAUAAAGUUUGGGACAAUCAAAGAACUUAUUUUCAAGAGAAUGCUCAGUAUGGUGUAGAUGAAAAGUUACGAGAAAUUCCUGCUACAAAUUCUGAUAUCACUUCGGAUGAUAGCGAUUGGAUCAUUGUAGAUUAAAGACAGAUGGUUUCAAGUAAAUUUAGUUAGGUCAACUUUAUGGUUAACCAUUAAUAAGAGCACAUUUCUUGUUUGAUAAUUCAUUUGAACUA